GUGAAUUAAACAGGCAUCAAAUACGUUUUAGAGAGAAAAAAAAUAAAACGAAACCGUGGCGGGCUGGGCCGGGUAAGAAACAUGCUCUAAUACGGUGCCGUUUCAGUCGAGCUCACAUUUUUUCCUCCCCUCUUUUCCUUUGUUCAAAGACGCUGUGACGGCGGCGGCGGCGCUCGGUGGUGACGGCGGCGGCUCUCUGUUCAGCGACCAACACGAAAAUGGCGUUCAGAGGGAAAGAGAUGAUGAAAAAGGUUCUGAAGAAAGUGGGAGAGAAGGGUUUGGGUCCAAAAGAGAAGGAAUCGUUGGAGAAAUGCAUACCACGAAGCAAAGUUGUGAUGAAUCGUGCCAAACGCGGUCUCUUUGCCGGGCGACACAUUCAGUUUGGCAAUAGUGUCAGUGAAGAUGGCGGUAACAAGACAAGGAGAACAUGGAAACCUAAUAUCCAGGAAAAACGGCUCUUUAGUUACAUCCUAGAUCGUCACAUUCGUGUUAAAGUCACCACCCAUGCCCUUCGUUGCAUAGAUAAAGCUGGUGGGAUUGACGAGUACUUGCUGAAAACUCCUUAUCACAAGAUGGACACUGAAAUGGGCCUCCUCUGGAAGGCAAAGAUUGAAAACUUGUAUGAAGAACUUGGCAAGAAGGAGGUUGUAUUCUUUUCACCAGAGGAUGAAGCAAAAUUUGAGCAGGACUUUAAAGAUUUAAAACUAUCUGAAAGGGAGGCACGAAAAGAGUUCAGAAGAAAAAUGUAUGCAGGGAUAAGCAAGCACAAGGUAAUUGCGGUAGAACAUAAAGACAGUCAAUCUAUUGAUGAAGGAGGCAAUAAAGUUGAGGAAGGAAUCUCGCAUGAUUCAUCAGAACGAUUGGUCCCUGUCUCGUAUGUGUUGGCUGCUGACAAGCUCAAAGUUGGAACUAUUGUUUCUAAUUAAUGUUAUGGCAACUGAUAAUGGCAGUGUAAGCUGUUUUGAGAAUCUGUGUUCUUUGAUUUUUGGGACAUUUUGUUUUCUUCACUCUAGAAUUUUGUUCUAAUGCUUUAAACUUUGUGUAGUCAAAAGCAUACUCUAUUCUGCUGAAGUAAUAAUAUAGUUUUAUAUUUUUAG